AUGGCUGAUCAGCAGGAUCAUGACACUGAGGCGGAGGAGACUAGUGGUGAGGAGGAGACUAGUGCUCGUGACAUAUGGAGGUCAUACAAGCGGCCAAAUUAUGAGACUAGAGGCGUGCUCAAGACCUAUAAUCAUGGGAGGAUGUGUCAUCCUGUAGUUCAUCAUGCUCGGUACAUAAGGGGUGCGGUGCAUGAUGCAGGUUUGCGGUGGGUGAUGAAAUGCACAAGCCCGAGUGUUGACCAGAGCAUUAUUUCUGCUUUUGUUGAGCGAUGGCAUCCUGAGACUUCAUCUUUCCACUUACCCUGGGGGAAAAUGACGAUCACACUUGAAGAUGUCUCAGCAUUACUCCACUUGCCUGUAGAGGGUGAGUUCUUCUCCUUUGGUAACCCGACUAGGGAAGAGGCGGCUCCUGCGGUUGCUCAGUUACUUGAUGUGGACAUUGAGCUUGUGAUGGAGGAGUUUGAUGCUUGUAGGGGUCCAUCUCUUCGCUUUAGCUUUCUCCAAGCUAUUGUGGAGAAACACGUAGCGGCCAACAAUGAAGUUCCUGCAUGCCGAGCUUACAUGCUGCGGUUGAUUGGCAUGACCCUUUUAUGUGACAAGAGCAACACAUAUAUUGGUGUUGUGUAUUUGUCUCUGUUUGAAGAUGUUGAGAAUGCAUCAAGGUGGAACUGGGGAGCUGCCACUUUGGCUUACUUGUAUGGUCAGCUCGGGGAGGCCAGCAGGAACGGUGCUAAGUCUGUUGCUGGUUAUUUAUCUCUUCUGCAGUCAUGGGUGUUUGCCCACUUCCCCGGAUCCUUGUUUGAGCGCAGGGACAACCCUGCCUACACGCCAGACAGGCCCGUUACACUAACUUGGGAGGCGCUUCGAGGGACUACUGAGGUUGCGCAUAAGAGGAUGAACCUGGAUACGUAUUCUUAA